GAACCGACGUUAAAGCUUCCUCGCUUCGGCUCGGAAUAAAGCGUCAAGUCACGUGCAGGCGAGGCUGAACGAAAUUCCAAAAAAGUUUUGGGAAAGAGCCUCACCAUCGAGACGGCGCUCAGACACGAACACCAAGACAAUUCAACAUGCCGUCAAUAAUAAAAUCCGCUGCUGGUGCAGCGAAGAGGAAGAGAGUGGAUUCCCAGCGAAAACCUGCGAAGCGCGCCAAAUCGGAGAGCAGCGACGACGAAGACGAUACCCAGGCGCAAAUCCUCUUACUUGAGAGCGAAAUUCUCGAAUCAAAGAAGAAUUACAACAACAUUCCGAAAUUAAUUAAGCUACUGGAGUCUGAGGAUGCAAUUAUUGCCUCAGUUGCAUUAUGCCGAGUCUUUUCGAGACUUAUUGCGUCAGGAGAGUUGACGAAGAAGGCGGGGAGCUCUAAGAAAGACGAGGUAGUUGUGGCAUGGCUGAAAGAGCGGUACCUGGAGUAUAAGAGCGGGCUAUAUGAGCUUCUUGAGUCACCGGAGGUUUCCCAGACGAUUCUUGCACUAUGCAUGCGCAUGCUGAAGACCGAGGGCACAUACGUGAAGAAUGGCCAGGACUAUAACUUUCCCUCGUGGUUCCUCACCGACCUGGUCCGAACACUCUUGGGUUUAGAGGAUGGAGAGGAUGUGCGCAAGGAGUUCGCUGAGAAAUAUGUCGAGGAGUACGACGAUAUUCGGUUUUACACCUUCGAAGCAAUUGCGAAGGUUCUUGGGGAAGAGGGUCAGCUUGUGGACAACGCCGUUGGAAUCCUGGCUAUCGUCGAGUCUGUACCAGAGGAUAAAGACGAGUUGGAAGACUUCUACAUAGCCGCACCCACGAGGGCCUCGCACACACUCUACUCCUUGUCGGCACACAAGAGGCAGGCACAGGCUGCCUGGCUUGCAGUCCUGAAACAGGAUUUGACAAAGGAGCAGCGCAAGAACAUAUUAGGGAUGAUGAGCUCUUAUAUUGCGCCUUGGUUUAUUAAGCCAGAACUGUUGAUGGAUUUCCUGACGGAUUCUUACGAUACCGGCGGAUCUACAUCACUGCAAGCGCUUUCCGGCGUAUACUACCUGAUCCAAGAGCGAAACUUGGACUACCCGCUCUUCUACAGGAAGUUAUAUUCCUUACUCGAUUCUGGCAUUCUUUACUCGAAACACCGCUCCAAGUUCUUUCGCCUGUUGGAUACGUUUAUGUCUUCUACACAUUUGCCCGCUGUCCUCGUGGCAAGCUUUAUCAAGCGCCUGUCAAGGUUAGCACUGUACGCUCCUCCUGCUGGAAUUGUUGCGGUGGUCACCUGGAUCUAUAAUUUCCUCAAGAAGCAUCCCACCUGCACAUUUAUGAUCCACCGUGAGGUGAAAGGUGCAGAAGAGCUUCUCGAGGAGGGUAUGGAAGAUCCGUUCCUGGAGGACGAAGAAGACCCAAUGGAGACCAACGCCAUUGAAAGCAGUUUAUGGGAGAUUGUGACAUUGCAGUCACACUAUCAUCCCAACGUUGCGACUCUGGCGAAGAUCAUUUCAGAGCAGUUCACAAAACAAUCAUACAACCUGGAGGAUUUCCUCGACCACUCGUACGGAAGUAUGCUUGACGCUGAGCUUUUGAAGGAGGUGAAGAAGACGCCGGUGGUGGAGUUUGAGAUACCCAAGAAGAUCUUUACCAAGCAAGAUGCCUCUUCGGAGGUGAAGGACAGCCUGUUGGUGAAGUUGUGGAAAUUCGAGUAGAGAUAUUAGGUUAGGGAGGUCUAUGGCGUACAUAGAAAUAUAAUGACCUGCAUCCGAAUGAUGUAUUCGCAAGAAAGGUAACAUUUGAUGUGCACGUUGUCUUUGUGCAAGGCGCCUCAGAGAUCUCAUAUAUUAUGAAGCUGGAACUAACAUCAUGAUAACAUCAGAUCAAUCAACAAUAUAAUAGCCCCCGAGUCGAGAAGUUUCAAUAACACCUAUAAUUAUGCUUAUUUUCCUGCAUUCUACCUGCUUAAUAUUGCCACAUAGACAGUGGCUGUCCCUUUGCGCCUUCAAUGCAACCCUACCAACAGAUCCUCGCUCCCCCCCUCUCUGUAAGCAUCGCGCCCAAACUCCUCCCAUGCAAUUAUGCGACAUCCUCAAACUUGAGAUCAUCAUCCUCAUCGUCGUCUACAUCCGCCAUGUCCGAGUCAUCGGGCUCUUCCGUCUCGGGGGCUGCAUCAGCAGUCGACUCGUCGAUGUUCAUUUUGUACUCCUUCUUCAGCGUCCAGUGCAUGGCAAACCGUCCACUUCGCGGCAUGUCUGCUACCUUCUCCAGCGUUUCCCUUAGAUACGCUUCUGGCUGCUGCAGCUUCGCCCUCAGCGCCUUCAUCGACCAGAAAUUAUACUCCUUGAAGCACUGGAAGAUAUGAUCCAACAGCUCGUUCUGAGGCAUACGAGCAGUCUUUGUGUCCUGGCCAGAUUUCGACUUGAGCGCUCCAGUGUUCUUGAUGAAGCCGCCAAAUGCCUCCUGGGCACGAAUAGUUCCAGGCUGGAUGAAGCCUGCCUCCCGAGACCGCGUGCCGGAGAGGAAAACUGUGCGGUUUCGUGGUUGCAUGGCGGCGAUCGUGCGUUGGGCCAAGAGGCGGUUUGUCUCGGGGUUGUCGACGGGCACGCAGUUGAUCUCGUGAGCGACGCGGCCGGCGAGCGUGGUCUUCUUUGGGAUAGCACGCUUGUAGUAUGGCUGGAAGCGCUUCUUGGGAUCCCAUGGCUGCUUGUCGGUUGGCUUGUCGGACUUAGGGCGGGUGAGGCGCGCCGGGAGGUUGGCGGUUGCCGGGUCAAAGCCCUUGCGUGAUUUGGACUUGAAGCCAGGAAGAUCUUGUUCCGUGAAGACGAAUGUGUUAUCCACAGUCUCUGCGGUGAUAUCCAGGCUGAACUCUUUCGGGACCGCUUGAUGUUGCGCCAGGUCGGGCCGGAGGAGCAUCGUCAGGCUCACCUAUUCACAGUCAGUGGCAAGUCAAGUAGAAGAAAGUUGUGAUAUUUACAUCUUUUACGCCAUCACUAUUCGUGUUCACAGUCUUUCUGACCGUACCCAGCCGGAUCUCAGCGUCAUCAUCCAAGUCGUUCCAGUGCUCCCAGAGGUACUUUGGCACUCGCGCGAGAUAUACGUUCUGGAAGUUGGGAUCGGUGCUAAACUCUAGGUCCCCAGCAUCCUCAAAAGCUUCCGAGUCUGCGAAUGAUGCGGGGGAGGCCCCUAUGGUGUCGGGGUCACGCUUGAUGUAUGGAUCUUGCUUAAUGUGAGGCUCCGCCAUUGUCCUGACAAUCUGGUGAAUUCAGCGGACGUUUUCCAUGGAGCUGUAGGCAACUCGUAUGGCCAGGACAAUAUGUAUAUUCCCUUCCCUUGCCGUGCUCACAAUCUUCACAAGUGAGCGAAAGAAGGUUGAAAGAGAC